AUCAGGCAAUUAUUUAAAAAUUCAAUCUAAAUCUACAGUGAUGCGUACAAGAAGAUUAAUAGUGCAAAUACCGUAUGCAGAUUUCCAUUGAAUGUGAAGAUUAAUAGGGAGAGGAGUCCGCAGUAAUAAGAAAAUAUGUUGAAGAAACAAUGCAUCGGGUUAACAAUGUCGACAGAAUACAGCAAACUAGCGGGAAAAUGAUACCAAUACAACCAUUUUUGUACGCCAAUGCAAGAGAGGAAAAUUCAUCAGCAUAUCUGGAAAAUUCAUGUAAAACUGAAUACAAUGAAACGACCCGGCAAACUUUAUCGAUACUCAGUAAUGAAGAACUUCUUCCAGUCCGUAUGACUGAAGCAAGUGUUUAUUAUUCUGCAGCUUUUCGACUUGAUGAAAGUAACGUUUGCGCCGAGGCGUUAGAGGCUAUUCUUUUCGAUAGUCUUGAAGGUGAACUAAUUCUAGCUGAAUACCAGCAAAAUAAUUUUUUAUGCAGUACAACCCAACAAAAAUUAACAGAUGUUUUAUUGAGCAGAAGUGCGAAAUCAAUGACAGUAGCAAAACACGUUCAAAAUUAUUUUGUCAAGCUUACGAAUGCAAUUGUCAAAUUAAUGCCAAACGAAGAUCCAAACGUAUAUUAUGUCCCGCCUCAGUCAAAUGGAAAUGACAGUAAAAAUCCAAAGGGUAAAUUACCUGACAAAUGGCGCAAUUUAACGUAUCAAUUGCGAAUAAGAGGAAUAUUGCCAAGGAAAAAAUUGAAAGAUAAGCCUACAAGUUCUAACGAUAUUCCUAAAACGCAUACGCUGAAAGAUGAUGUCGAUAUUCAUCUAAAGUCGCUGCAGGUAUUAAGAGAACCGUUAUCGCAAGUUAUAUUACAUUGGGAUGCAACAUUUGAUUAUAGAAAACUUAUAAGAUCGACGAUUAAUAGCCUCGAUGAUGUAUUGAUUGAGUGGCCGAUUUUAAAAACAGAUAUAGGACCACAAUUAAUCGAAUCUGAAUUUGAAAAAUUAUUUCAAUACGACGAUGAUUUAUUUGGUAAGUGGAUUUCUUUCUUUAAUGCCUUAUAUGAAAUAAAGAAGGCGUCGAUCCGUGAUAGUAUUGGUAAGGAAUAUUGCAAUAUAUUUGAGAGCUUGAGAAACGAAACUCCAGAAGUAUCAUCUGGAAUUCAAAUUCAAUUACUGCCUUACUUAAUUCCUCCGAUUACGAAAAUUAAAACCGGCAGUGGCAUUAUUGUAAAACCUACAAUAUGUGAGAGUUCCGAAGGCUUCGUAAUUUAUUGUAAGACUUCCGAGUCUAUUGCACAAAAAGUUGAGUUUAGAAGUGAUAGAUAUAAAAAUUGGAAUGUCGCGGUGCAGCCGUGCAUAGUACUUCAGGGGCCACAACCGCACGACAUUAAAUCAGCUUACGUGAGUUUACACCAACAACUUUGGGAAUUAGACUCGCCAAUUCGGGCCCUCGACUUGGCCUUCAAAUUAUAUCAAGUUUUUAAUCUACAUUAUCCAGCGGAUUGCGAACAACUUUGGCUUGUCGUCCAGAAGAUCGUAUACAACAUUACCACGCCUUUCGAUAAAAAAUUAACAAAUGUGACAUCCAUCGCUAAUGUACUUAAUGUAAAAUUAAAAUGCAAGAAGCAGAGAAGGAAUUGAACGUUGAAGACAAUCUAUUACAACGUGAUGACUUUGUAAAAUUUUUAUAAAAGACUCGAGCAACAACUCCAUUAUUAGAUUUUUCACAUUCUUAAAACUAUUAAGUUAUAGAUAACUUGGCGAAUUGGGUGACAGCAACGUGAAA